CGUAAUUUUUUUUAUUUAAGAAAGCUGUAUGAAGCUCUAAAUAUCCGGAUGGAUACUCAGAAUCUUGAGAAUGUUGUUGCGAAGCUGAGUAGCAUUGACUCAAUUAAUAACUUGGAAAGUCUUUGGGAUGAUUUUAUAGAAAUGUCAAAGCAAAUUUUUGAUGUGUUUCUCUCCCGGAAUCAAGAAGAAGAAAUUGAUAGACUUUUAGCUCCGCUAUUCAAACAGUUCAUCGUCAAAAACUGCUCCUCGACCAACUUGUACACCUUGGUUAAACUCUGUAUGGAAAAAGGCGACGAAAUCAAACAGACAUCGAUCUCAAAUCUGAGUAGAGAAGCGCCCAUACUUGCGAGUGUGCUGUUGGUGUUCCGUCUCAUCUGUCGACACUUCGUGGAAAGAAUGCCAGUGGAGGCCUUGCAGAGACAUCUCUCCCUGUGCAAUACUAUCAGCAGUACUAAUACUAAUAGCAGUGACAGUAGUAGUGAUAGUGCGCCUCCUUCUUCCUCAGAUGGAGAGAAGAAGGUGAAUGUGGACGGGGGAGUCCCGAGGACAUCAAACAAAUCUAAUAAGAAGAACCAGGGGCUGAGAAUCGAUUCGGGGGUGGAUUCGAAGCUGUGUCACACUCUCUUCUCCAUCAUCUGCAAGAUACCUCUUAGCAACAGCACUAUUUCUCUCCACAACGAAGCAGUUUCAACUCUGAUAGUUCUUCUGAGCAGCAAAAUGUACGACGAGAGAAACGCGAACGAGAAUCCAUUCUUCAUCAACAUGAUUGUGCGUACCAGCCAAUCAGAAGCGAAUAUCAUCAUUAAACGCCUUCUGCAGAACUAUCUCUGUCCCAUCUCGGAGAAGGACCAGCAAAAUGGCGCCACCAAAACGAGCCAAAGCAGUUUCCAAAUGGCCUCCAACUUCUUGAGUUCUCUCUCGCCUUUCAACGACGACCUCAGCAGUCAGUCCUCUCAAUUCACUUGCAGUAAACAGUUUUGCGAGAAGAGCUUGCUAUUGGUCGAAAUUUUAACCAAUCAUUGCACGCAACUGUCAUUGAUGACGGAAAGACAUUCGGUCGGAGGAGAGAAAUUGGAGCACUACAAUCCUUUCCGAAUUGCAAUUUCAACAUUCGUGGAUUUCUCCUUAAGCGCGAAUGCGUCUAGUGGUAGUAAGACCAUUCUGGGAACAGAUCAGACGGCCUCUUUCUCAAUCAGCUUCGAUCUACUCUAUUUGCGGCUGUGUCAGUUCUUAGACGAAGACCAGGAAACGUUGAUGCUCUACAUGCUACUGCAUAAGAACUCGGCAUUUCUCAAUUACGUCAUGACACGAUCAGAUAUUGACAAACUAUUGCUUCCUCUUUUGAAAGUGCUUUACACUCCGAAAAGUGCGUCUUCCCAUCAUUUGUAUAUGAUUCUGAUUAUACUUCUGAUUUUGAGCGAGGAUACUAUUUUGAAUCACGUGAUGACUGAGAUCAUGCUGCCACAAGUCACGUGGUUUACUGAGAAGUUACUCACAGACGUCAGUUUGUCCAGUCUGAUGGUUUUGGUGCUACUGCGAACAAUUCAAGUGAAUAUUACUCAGAUGAAGGACAAAUACCUGCAUACUAAUUGUCUGGCAACUCUGGCUAAUAUGUCGAACCACUUCCAGAAUUUGAACCCCUACUGCUCGCAACGGCUAGUGGCCUUCUGCAAUCAUCUGACGAAAAAGCAGACGAAGCUGAAUGCGAAGUUGGCCAAGGGUAGCUUUAUCAACGACGACGAGGAGGGUGCAGAGAAUAAUCUGCGCACGGAACUUUCAGUAGUGGAGGAAAUUCUACGCCUUCUGUUGGAAAUCAUUAACAAUGCACUAACCAAUCAGUUGGCGUACAACACAUCACUAGUACACUGUCUGAUAUACGAUAAGGACAUGCUGAAUUCGAUCCGACAAAAUCAUAACUACCAGGACAUAGUUUACAAUUUGGAUGUGAUUGUCAACUUCUACCUGGGAAAAUUGAACAGUUCUUCGGAACCCUUUUUGAUAUCAACAUGCGAUAACAUCCUUAACUUCAUCAAGGAGAGUAGUAAGACGUUUCCGGUGGCUAAUCUUCACAAAUUUCCGGAGCUGAAGUUCAGAUACUGCGAAGAAGAAGCGCCAGAAGAUUUCUUCAUACCCUACAUUUGGUCAAUUGCGUACAGAAACUCCGGCAUAUUCUGGAACUUGGAAUUCAUAACUCUGUUCAAAUUCACAGUCUGAGAUCUUAAUAAACUGUUGACAUGACAAUUCGAAGUUAAGAAUUAUUCGGUUAAGGCAUCAAAACUGAAUUAUUGUAAGCUAUGUAAAUUUUAAAUUUAGAAUUUAGCUGUUUGAAAUGUUC